AUGACUUCGGAGAAUGGGGUUGAUAAGGCCACCGGUGCCUCUAAGAGACGCCGUGUUGGCGUACACACUCUAUUUGGAAGCAAAUACAUCCCUCAUCUGGACAAUGGACCUGUCAUUCGCCAAAGCAUGCAGGCUCUGGGUUCGUCAAUACUAUCUAGUGAAACAUCUGUGCGGGUCAUUAGUCUACAAACGACGGGUGCCAGUGUCGACAACAUUUUGGACGCAGAAGGUCUAAGUUCUUAUCUAAAGGGACGCAGGCAGGAAACCAAUACCACCGACACUUUCUUUUUCAAUCGGCACUUGGUCAGUCAUGGUCAAUUAAUUCCUACAGAUGCAAACCGGCUACGUGUUUCACCAAGCAGGUUCGAACUCUUCUGUUCUGAGUUCCAUCUCUCGCCUUCCUUUGUUACAUCCCUGGCUAACAUUCAUCAACCUUCCGCACGAGAGUUCCCAUGUCAAGCAAAAAUCUCCAACAAGCGAUUGGACUUCUGGUUGACAAUCCCUGUGCGAGUUCAAGUUGAAUGUUCUGACAAUCGGCAUGGUCAGAGUUCCAGCAUAAAGGGAAAGAGCCAGAUGAAUCCAUUGAAUUAUCUUCACCUGUCACAACCCAAGCCAAAAGUGGAUAUCCGGGGAUCUAAAGUGGCCAUCUACUUUCAUUUCGAUCCGGACACUGGGAGAAGCACAUCCUUGGUUUUCAAUUUUCAAGAUGGACGCUGGCGAAAGAUUGUCGAAGAGCCGAUUCAUCGAAUGAAGGAAGUGUUGACAGGAUGCAAUAAGCCUGAGAUGGGCCGUGAUCCGAUUUACAUCCAAAGCGUUGUCUUGACCAGUGCUAUUCGAUGGUGGAACAAUGCUCUCAACAGCUUUAACGACCAGCUUAUCGGUUACGAGGAAAUCUUGAUAAACCAGGACCUGAGCAGUGAAGAGCUAUCUCAAUUUAAUACAGACACAAACCGAUCGCUCCAUUGCAUGGCUGCACAUCUACACCGAUAUGGGUCGGAGCUGACCCAGCUAUCUGAGAUCGUUCAAGACUUCAAAUGGUAUAACAACGACUUCCAUGACGAAUUUGUCCGCCUAGGACUUCGCGAAAAAGAUGCCCUGGAAGGUUUCCUUCGGGGCCUUGACCACGUCAACACCCAAGUCUGUAGCACUUCAAAGUUCAGAGACGAGCUCGAGCAGAAAAUAAACAACGUCCUUGCGGUGCUUGUCGACAACAAUCAAGCAUCGAAUGACCUCCUACUGCUAAAGAACAGCACAGCCAUGCAGGACAUCCUGAAUGCCAGCCAGAUGGAGGCAGAGCAGUCUGGGCAGGUGGCCGCUCAGACAAAACAGCUCACCGAGGAAAUGAAGAAAAUCCUGCAGGCGACGCAAAAGGACGCCGAACAAUCGGGGCAGAUUGCCGCGCAGACGAGGCAGCUCACAGAGGAAAUGACCAAGAUUCUUCAGGCAACACAGGAGGAGACAGCCAUGUCGCGACGAGUGGCGCUGCAGUCUCAGCGGCUGUCGGAAGAGAUGAUGAAGGACAGCGUGGCGAUGAAGACGAUUGCACUACUGACCACAAUAUUCCUUCCUGGCACGUCGUUCGCGGCGAUUCUCGCGAUGCCCUUCUUCACAGAUACAGCUUACCUGAGCCACGCCAGCCGACUCUGGAUCUGGGUUGCCCUCACGGUGCCUUCAACGGCGAUCUGUUUCUUUUUUUACUUCGAGUGGAGUAAGAAGGAAUCAAAGAGGAAAAGGGAAUCCAUCCAGAAGGACGAGGAGUUGGUCAAUACGGCGAUGACGCCAACGCUAGCACCGCCGCUAACACCUCUGUAA